AAUAUUUAAAUUCAAGUCCGUACAAUCCAAAUCUCCGCUUAAAGUCACAGCCAGAAACCCAAAAUACAAACCCCAAAAACAAAAAACAAAACAAAAAUCACCGCAAUCGUAGCACAACCGCGCCAAUCACGCAGCUGUCCGUGGCUAUCAUUUUUCUAUGCCUUCCGAGCUUAAAGACUAAAAGCCACUUCACAUUUCAGACAAGCAACAAAACCCCAUUUCACCAAAGCACCAGCAAAAGAACAAUCCGGGCAUGGGUGGCCACGAAGAAGAGGAGAGAAGUGAGGAGUAUUUGUUUAAGAUUGUGCUGAUAGGUGACUCAGCUGUGGGAAAAUCAAACCUUUUGUCACGUUUUGCUAGAAAUGAGUUCGACAAUAACUCAAAGGCAACUAUUGGAGUGGAGUUCCAGACCCAAGUGGUAGAAAUUGAUGGGAAAGAAGUUAAAGCACAGAUCUGGGAUACUGCUGGCCAAGAAAGGUUUAGAGCUGUUACUUCUGCUUACUAUAGAGGAGCUGUUGGUGCUCUUAUUGUUUAUGAUAUUAGUAGGAGAACUAGCUUUGAUAGCAUUAAACGUUGGCUUGAUGAACUUACCACUCAUUGUGAUAGUACCGUGGCAAGAAUGCUGGUAGGGAACAAAUGUGAUUUGGAGAAUAUUAGAGAUGUCAGCGUGGAGGAAGGCAAAAGCCUUGCAGAAGAAGAAGACUUAUUUUUCAUGGAGACAUCUGCCCUUCAAUCUACUAAUGUUCAGACUGCUUUCGAGAUUGUUAUCCGGGAAAUCUACAACAAUGUAAGCAGAAAAGCCCUAAACUCUGAUGCAUAUAAAGCCGAGUUGUCUGUCAAUCGAGUAACCCUCGUCAAGGAUGGGGCCACCAACUCAUCCAGGGAAGGCUUCUCCUGCUGUGCUAGAUGAUCUCUAGUCUUUCAUAUUUUACACUGCACUCUUUUCUCGAUACUAUUGCAGACCUUGUUUCAGUUUUCCUAUGCUCUUACCUUGCGAGUUCUAUAUGAUUAAGUUUGUCAUUUUUGAUCUUGUGAUGGUUAUAAAAUAAGACUGCAUUUUUAUUCUUAGAUGUUC